AUGGCCGGCGCAACAUCCGCCACCGAGGGCAAAUCCAAACGCCCGUCAAACACGGCGUUCAAGCAGCAGCGGCUGCGCGCAUGGCAGCCACUUUUGACUCCCAAAAGCGUCCUCCCAACCUUCUUUAUAAUCGGGAUAAUAUUUGCGCCCAUCGGCGGCUGGCUUCUGUGGGCGUCCGGGCGCGUAAAUGAGCUGCGAAUCGACUACACCAACUGCGACCAAUUGAGCAACACGCUGACGCCGCUGUCCACGAACCAAUUCGAGUACCAUCUGAAUGGCAUUGACAGCAAGACAAUUCCCAAACCAGAGGAGAAAUACGAUGGAGAGACAAACACGUGCACGAUAUCGUUUAAUUUACCCAAGGACUUGGAGCCGAGCGUGUUCUUGUACUAUAGGCUGACGAACUUUUACCAGAACCACCGGCGCUAUACGCGCAGCUUUGAUAUUGACCAGCUGAAGGGCAAGGCGCGGUCGGCGAGCGAACUGGCCAAUGGCGACUGCAGCCCGCUGGAUGUGCAUUCGGAGGAUGAUGGGCCGAAGAAGCCGUACUACCCCUGCGGGCUGAUUGCCAACUCGGUGUUCAACGAUACGAUCAGCCAGCCGCUGUGGGCGAAUCCAUCGGGGCUGGCAAAGAGCUCGACUUAUGCGAUGACUGAUAAGGGCAUCGCAUGGGACUCUGACCGCAAGCGGUUCAACCCGACGGCGUAUAAGGCAGACGAAGUGUACCCGCCGCCGAACUGGCACGAGCGGUACCCGGACGGGUACCCGGAGCCGAUUCCGGACCUGGCAGACGACGAGCAUCUCCUCGUGUGGAUGCGCACGGCUGGGCUACCGACUUUCCGCAAGCUGUACAUGAAGAACACCGAGGACACGAUGAAGAGCGGGUACUAUCAGAUUAACGUGCAGAUGAACUACGAUACGAGAUCGUUUGGAGGCACAAAAUCCAUUGUCAUCUCUACCACGUCGUUUAUUGGCGGCCGCAACCCGGUGCUGGGCAUUGCCUUUAUUGUCGUCGGCGGCUUGUGUGUGCUGCUGGGGUGCAUCUUUGCUGUGCGCCACUUCUACCGCCCCAGGCGCCUUGGCGACCAUACGUACCUGUCGUGGAACCAGCAGGUCGCCUCGGGCCUGGCCGACAACCACAAUGACGCCUCCGGCGGUGGCGGCCCAUCGGCGGCAGCGUCUGGGCGCAAGGAUCCGGGCACUCUGCGCCAGCGGCCCUAG